AUGUCUGACAACAUAUUCGUAAAAUAUAUAAAAAUUGUCAAUGAACGUAAAGGUGCUAUCGAUAUUCGUGGACAAGUUUUAAUUCAAAAUUCUUGUAAAGGAGAAAAAACAGUCACAAUAGAGUACAGUACUGAUUCAUGGGACACUGACUAUCGGGUGAAUGCAACUUGGUCACGUACCCCCUCUCCUAAUCAAGAUAUUUAUGAUUUCGAAAUUUUAUCUAUUAAAUUCUCAAAAUUACCAAUAUAUCUUGAAUUUACCGUGUUAUGUGAUAUCGCAGGUUCUAUUUUAUGGAUUAGCGAUGGUUAUAAUUGUUUAUAUGAUAAAGGUUCAUCUAAAGAAUUCUUUUUCGAUUUUACUACCGAUGAUAAUUAUUCAAAUAAUUCAAUUGAUGAAGAACGUAAAAAAUUAGAUGAAAUACGUAAGCAAUUAGAAAAUGAACGUAGAAGAUUAGAUGAAAAUGAAGAAUUUACACGUAGACAACUGGAAGAAGAACGUAAACAAUUGGAAAAAGAACGUAAUCAAUUAGAUGAAAAACGUAAACAAUUAGAUGAAGAACGUAGGCAAUUAGAAAAACAAGUGAUGGAAAUAAACUACAAUGAUAAUAAUACAGAUAGCAGUUCUUCUCAAUUGUCUAACAGCAUAUUCGUAAAAUCAAUAAAGGUUGUCAACGAUUCUAAUGGUGUUAUCGAUCUUCAGGGGCAGGUCGUGGUACAAACUUGUGGUUCUGACAAAUCUGUAACAAUAGAAUACACCACUGAUUCAUGGGUCACGAACAAUCGCGUAAUUGCAACUUGGUCUCAUACUCUUUCUUCUGAACAAGAUUCGUAUUAUUUUAUGAUCUCUGUUUCUAAAACUUCUAGUUUACCACUAUAUCUUGAAUUUAUGGCUCUAUGUAAUGCCUCUGGUAUCGACUUAUGGACUAAUAGUUAUGAAUAUUUAUAUGAUGCGGGGACUCCUAAAGAACUUUUUUUCAGUGAUACUUUUAACGAAAAUUAUAUUGAUAGUUUCUUCCUUCAGGAUGUAUCAGAGGACGAAAAAAAAGAAUGUUCAAUAUGUACUGAAAAUGUUGAUAUUAAAGCCUUUUUGAAUGUUACGGAUCUAUGUAGUCACGAUAGUAACAUAUGUCGUGAGUGUAUCGGUGAAUAUAUCAAACAUGAACUUGAGGAUAAAGGAAAUAUCAAUAUUUCAUGCCCGUUAGAAGAUUGUCAUGAGGUUUUACGAGAACAGGAUGUGAAAGAAUUUACCAAUGAAGACGUGUUUGCAAA